GAUCCACUCAGUAGUUUCUCAUGAGCGCCCCUUCGGCUACUGGUAUCAUCAUCGACUACGAGUCCGUGUCACGCAAGGAAAAAGCACGGACAUUCGUGCAUAAUCUGCCUCGAUCCAGCCGCAAUUACGCUGUUAGUCUGUUCCCAAUUGCUACCUGGAUUCAUCGUUAUAAUCUUCAAUGGCUUGUUCGGGAUCUUAUUGCUGGUCUGACCGUCGGUGUCGUUGUCGUUCCUCAAAGUAUGGGUUAUGCAAAGAUUGCCGAAUUACCUCCCCAAUAUGGUCUAUAUACUGCUUUUGUUGGUUUGUGCGUUUAUUGUCUUUUCGCUACAUCGAAAGAUAUCAGUAUUGGCCCCACCGCUGUCAUGUCUCUUUUAAUCGGUCAAACCGUAACUCGAGUAGCUGCUGAGAGCCCUGAAAUCACCGCUCCUCAGAUCGCUGUCGCCUUGUCUUUGUUGAGUGGUUCCGUUGCUAUGUUUCUUGGUCUUAUUCGCCUCGGAAUCCUUGUAGAUUUUAUCCCUGGUCCUGCCAUUGCUGGUUUCAUGACAGGCAGUGCCAUUACGAUUACGGUCGGCCAAUGGCCGAAACUGUUUGGUAUCAAAGGCAUCAAUACCCAAGAUUCGACUUAUUUGAUCUUUGGCAAUUUUUUUAAAAACCUGCCAAAAACAAAAGUGGACGUUGCCUUUGGCCUUACUGGGCUGAUUUGGCUUUAUGGCGUUCGUUAUGCUUGUCAAAAGCUCGGUCAACGCUACAAGAAAUAUGAGACUCACUUGUUCUUCCUGUCCAUCAUGCGCAACGGUAUCCUCGUAAUUUUCGGUACUCUGAUCGCUUUCCUCAUUAAUAUCGGAAAAGAUACAAGCCCAAUCAGUAUCCUUAAAACUGUGCCUGCUGGUUUCCAGGCUAUGGCUGUGCCCCAUGUCACUACCGAUGUUAUUUCUGCUGUCGCUCCAUCUUUACCUUCCGCUGUGAUUAUCCUGAUUCUGGAGCACGUGGCUAUUGCCAAGUCCUUUGGUCGUAUCAAUGAUUAUGCGAUCAAUCCUGAUCAAGAGAUUAUCGCUAUUGGUUUCACCAACAUCUGGGCUGCUUUCUUUGGUGCUUAUCCGUCUACAGGUUCCUUUUCUCGAACAGCCAUCAAGGCCCGUUCAGGCGUUAAAACUCCAAUUGCUGGUAUCUUCUCCGGUCUCGUGGUGGUUCUUGCCUUGUACGCUCUGACCCCAGCUUUCUAUUACAUCCCCGACGCCACGCUUGCCGCCGUCGUCAUUCACGCCGUUGCUGACCUUGUCUCUGGACCGGCUUACAUUCGUCGAUUGGCGAGAAUUUCUCUGUGGGAAUUAUUCGUCUUCGUGACCACUGUCAUCGUCACUUUCUUCACUACCGUGGAAUAUGGUAUCUAUGCCUCCCUUGCUUUGUCAUUGGCUAUUCUGCUGUUCCGUAUCGCCCGUCCUCGUUUCUGGGUCCUCGGUCGUGUUCCUCUCACUAGUCCCGAGCCUGAGAAAUCCGAUAUUGCGCAACAAUAUCUGUACGUGUCCAAGGAUCACCCCUCUCUCGGAAAACUUGUCGAGGACUUACCAUCCGGUAUCUUGAUGUGCCGCAUCGAAGAAUCCAUCACCUAUCCUAAUUCUGGCUAUAUCACCGAUAAGAUUAUCAGUUAUGCCAAGGAAAACACGAGAAGAUCUCAACAGGUGUUAUCUAAAGGAGACCGUGCGUGGAACGAUGAUGCCGACCCGGUCAAGGACGCCGAAAGACAACAAUUACCUCGCCUGCAUGCUCUUAUUCUCGACUUUGCCAGUGUCAACAACCUUGAUACCAGCGGUCUUCAAGCUAUUGUCGACGCUCAGAAUACCUUGAAUCGUUACAGCGGCCAUCACGUCGAGUUCCACUUUAUCAAUAUUGCCCAAGCUGCCAUUCGCGAGUCUUUGAUUGUGGCAGGUUUUGGUACACAACCACGCUAUACAUCUGACCAGGACACCAACAAUGCUGUUCAAGAGAUUCUCCCCAUUGUGCCUGCCCACAAGGAUGGUCCGCAGAAAGCUUACCAAGAGCAGAAGUCUAGCGACGUCGAGAGCAUUCAGUACGAUAUAAAGACGGCGGAUGAUGCUAGCUCUACGACGAAACAUUCUAUUCCCAUGCCCAAGGAUCGCUACCCAUUCUUUCACUUUAGCGCGGAUGAAGCGGUCCGAACUGCUACGCAAACACUCAUUGCACGUGAAGAAGCCGAGCAGGUGCAAUCAUAAUUUUGUAGACAUUUUAUUUCUUUGCUCAUUCCCUUUACCAUUCACACUUUUCGUUAUCAUCUCUUAGUAGCUUAAACCCAUAUUAUUAUUAUUUAUCGAUACCUUCACACCACGCCGCUUUUUGACAAGCUCUAUUAUAUAUGUUGUUCAUUCAUCACUGUAUAAAAAUCAUUUGCUCAAACAAUAUUUCCUUUCCAUUUCGAAUGACGCACUGCGGGCCAUAAAAGAAGAUUUUAUAGCGCAAAAAGUCUUAUACCAUACGAAUCAG